AUGGAGGUCGGGAGCGCGACGAUAACAGCCGGCGCCAAAACUCUACCCGUGAUCACGGUAGGGACAAAGAUCGGGAUAGAGACCAUCGGCGGUAUCGGUCGCGCUCUCGAGACCGAGGCAACCGCCGCCGCUCCCGCUCUCCUGGUCGCGAUCGAGGUUACGCGUCGCGAGAUGCGAACCGAGACAGAGAAAGGGAAAAGGAAAGAGACCGGGGCCACCACCGACGGCGCGAGGACAUUCGGACAGAACCGCAACGAGAGCGCGGGGACAGGAGCGGACGGUCGCAACACCACAGAAUCACCGCGCCAUGUAGCCAGCCCUAGGCGAGGCCCAGAUCUAGACAGUGACGAACACCCGCAGCUCCCCACACGCUCAAAACCGAGCAGCGCAGCCGCUUCUACACCGACGGCACCCGUCUCCUUUAAGGUCAAGGGCCGGGACGGCAGCCACGGCCCCGAAACACAACAGCAGUCCACAUCGACACGGGAAAACAGCCAGGAGCAGCAGCAGCAGCAGCGACACCACGACGACGGAGACCGGCACCAACCCAGAGGGCGGUUUGACGCAGAACCUAUGGAUGAGGACGAAGAGGAGGAUGUCAUGGUUGAGGAUGACGGUCUGGACGACAUGGCUGCCAUGAUGGGGUUCGGAGGGUUCGGCACCACAAAGAAUAAGAAGGUGAUAGGGAAUAAUGUGGGGACUGUAAGGAAGGAGAAAAAGACGGAGUAUAGGCAGUAUAUGAACCGCCAGGGGGGGUUUAGAAGGCCUCUCGCUCCAAUUAAGACUGAAGCUUGCAUCUGCUCCUCCACACCUGCCCCGUCAUCUCCCGCAGACGGCCCCGCUAAACUCAGGAUGAUCCCCCAUAAUCACCGCCACUACCGCAGCACCUGCACUACUUCCCCCCCUCGGCACACUCAACACAAAACUCUCCGCCAUCGCCCGCACACUCCGCCUACGCAUCUCCAUCUCCACCACCACACCCACACCCAUACCCAUACCCCCCUCCCACUCCCGCAGCCCUACCAACACGCCCUCGCGCCCCUCCCGCAGCCCCCACUCGGGCGCGGCCAGGCUGCGCUCGCGCGCGCGCCGCGCCACUACGGCCUGGCGCAGGUUGGCGACGCGGAAGAUGGUGGUGGCGAGAAGAGGCUCAGCGCUCUGUUCCAAGGUAUCGAGGAUGAGGGUGAGCGGGCUGGCGCUGUCUCGGAGGUUGAGCAGCUUCUCAAAAAGCAACAGGCUAUGAGCCCGUUUGUGCGCCUGCGCAGAAGGUGCCAUGGUCCAAGCAAGGUGAUUUAG